ACCGAUUGAAUUCGGCCAUCGCUACAUUAUUUUUUCUCGUACUCGAUUACGAGUGCAGAGAGAAGAAAUAGAAAAAUUCGAAUCUGGCUUGUGAUAUUCGAGAAGACAGGUGGCACAUUUUACUGUUGAUCCAGGAGUAAAGAGUUCCUCGAUCAAAAAUGUCGACCCCAAGAGGAGAUGGAGUAAAGGCGAAUCACUCCGACACAGGCGGAGUGAAAGGCUUCCCCAUCGAAGGGCGAAUGUUAUCAGAGCGAGAGCGUAUCCUAGGAAUGAGCCCCGAAGAACGUGCUUGGCGUGCCCAGUGGUUGAAAGAUCAGGUUCUAGCCCCAGAUGAACCUGUUUACAAUCCCGAAUACUACAAGCAAAGAUACAACAUCCUGAGAAGAUUCUAUCGCGCCCCAUUGAAUGUCUUGGAGAACGCCCUCCGUCCAACACUGGGCGCUGAAUUUUCCUACGUGAUUCGUCACAUGAUCAGUUCUGCUGCAUUCACGAUGAUCGGCAUUUGGGGCGCAAUCUAUUACUUCAAGUACAAUCAAAGUGACUGGACCAGGAAGAGUGGUUUCAAAGUCGGAAUAUCGAGGAAAAAGCUGUUCCCCAAUGAUCCAGAGUGGCCCAAUUAUGAAACCAAAAAGGACAAUGAGUACGCGUCCUAUGGUUUCACCAAUUCACCGAUAUAAUUGUAUUUAUUUUAAAGGAGAAUUCAUCUGAAAUGAGAGGAUGCUCCCUUGGUACUUUGUGAAUACUAGUUUAUUUAGGAUUAUUCUGAAUAAAAAGAAAUGUUGGAAUUAUCCUUCGA